AUGGCAAGCUCUGAAUACAAUAUUUACAAAAAUAUUUUUCAAAAUUACAAUAAUAAUAUAAGACCUGUGACUUCAUCCCGCAUUGAUGUUCUCGUGGCUCUCCAUUUCUUCACCCUGCUCUAUAUGGAACAGAAGGAAGAACUCAUUGUUUUUUCAGCCGACUUUGAACUGCAAUGGUUCGAUCCUCAGUUAGUAUGGAAUCCUGAUGAAUAUGCGGGUCGUCAAGCAAUUUAUGUUCCUGAGCCUUAUAUAUGGAAACCUGACGUUACAGUAUACAACAGUGUUGGUCAGUCAGAAGUUCUCGAAGCAUCUAGGAGGCUAGUAAACAUCAGGUAUGAUGGACUAGUCAAAGUUAGUAAUCCUUCUGUGUACACGUCGAGAUGUCGAUUGAAUGUAAACAAAUUUCCAUUUGAUACCCAAACGUGUUACAUAAGUUUGUCGUCUUGGGUUUAUAUAACAGAUGAACUGACCAUCUAUGCUCCUAAAGAACUCCCAGGUUCUGCUUCUGAGUAUGUUGGAAACAGUGAAUGGGAUAUUCUCGAACUAUCGGUUGCGAACGAAACAACUGUGGAUGCCGCAAAUAUGACGUUUUCAGAAUUAGAAUACAAAAUAGUUAUCAAAAGAAGGUCUUCAUAUUACGUCUUCGUUUUACUAUUACCAACUUUCAUUGUAUCAACGAUAUCUCUUCUUGGAUUGUUCACACCUUAUGACAACAACGGCCAUCGGGUUGAAAGGGUGACUUUGGGACUUACAACUCUUCUAUCGUUGGCUGUAAUGAUCAACUUGGUAGGAGAUGAAAUGCCUAAGACUACUAAGCUCCCACAAUUAGGAAGCUAUGUGUUGGCAGAAAUUAUUCUUUGCUCUACAGGUGUACUCAUUACAAUUAUUAUACAGUUUGCACACCAGAGAAUCAUUACCAGAAGAGUUCUUACAUUCAAAAAUGAGUUGCCGAAAGAUCCAAAUUAUCGCCGAAUACUGAAUAGCUCUCACGGACUAACAGAGAACAUUGGAAAGAUAGAGAAGAGUCUCCAGGAAGUUGUGCAAUAUUUAGAAAACAUAGAUAACAGAGAAACAUUGCGUUUAGGAUGGGUCAGAUUCUUCGAUACCAUUGAUUUAUUCUUUCUGAUUCUGUUUCAAAUAACAAACAUCAUCCUUACGUUAUGUUUCGCCCUCAUUCAUUAG